CGCUCCUCUCAACAGAAACCCUCAGGGACAGCAGAGCACACGAGCUUCUAGGACAGAAGCCAGCAAGAAGCCACAGGAAGGAACCAUCUCACUCGGUGUAGACAUGACUUCCAAGCUGGUUGUGGCUCUCUUGGCAGCCUUCCUGCUUUCUGCAGCUCUGUGUGAAGCUGCCGUUCUGGCAAGGAUGGGCACAGAACUUCGAUGCCAGUGCAUAAAGACGCACUCCACGCCUUUCCACCCCAAAUUUAUUACAGAGCUGAGAGUGAUUGAGAGUGGACCACACUGUGAGAAUUCAGAAAUCAUUGUAAAGCUUGUCGACGGAAGAGAGCUCUGCCUGGACCCCAAGGAAAAGUGGGUGCAGAAGGUUGUGCAGAUAUUUUUGAAGAGGGCUGAGAAGCAAGAAUCAUGAAAAAAAAAAUGCAUUCUCCAUACUAUCCAAGAAUUCCUCAGUACUGAUGCCAAUGAAACUUCAAACAAAUCUACUUCAGCACUUCAGCACUUCAUGUAUUGUGUGGGUCUAUUGCAGGGUUGCCAGAUAAAAUACAAGAUGCCUGAUUAAAUUUGAAUGGCAGUAAAACAAUGAAUAGUUUUUCCAUUGUAUCAUGCAAUAUGUUGAACAAACUUAAAUUUAAAAAAUUAUUUGUUUCAAUCUACACCAAACGAAAAAAAUUUUUUUUAAAUAUAGAAUUUAUUUGUACAAAGAACAAAAUUGAAGUCAAAAGCUAGGCGCAUAUCUGCCCUUCAAUUUCAGGAACUGAAUGGGUUUGCUAGAAAUGUGAUGUUUCAAGCAUCACAUGGAAAUAUGGACAUCACAUGGACUAUGAAAUUUUCUGUAAAUUCAAAUUUGGCUGGAAAUCUUGCAUUUUUUAUUUGUUAAAUUGGGCAACCUCAGUCUGUUAGCCAAGAUCCAUGAGUCCCUGUUCAACUCUGCCUUGGUUUCUCCUUUAUUUCUAAAUGGGAAAAAUAUCAACCACCAUCCUACCUCACAGGGAUGUUGUGAGGAUUUGUGGAAGCACUUUAAGUUUUCUUUGUGGUCAUGUAAAUUAUUUUUAAGUAUAACUUAUUCUCCUAUUUAUUAUUUAUAUAUUUAUUUAAGAAUCAAAUGUAGUAAUAUUUGUGCAUGAAUUUGGAAAAAUGGAAAAGGAAGAAACAUUGCUGAUGGCAUAGUUAUAAUGAUAUUGUAGUGAAUUUGUAUUUAUUUUAGAUCUUAAGUGAUUUUAUAUUAGAGAAUUUUUAAUUGGGGUUUUCAGAUUAAGCAAAAAAAGAAAAAGGACAUUCAGUUAAAUUUUUAUUUCAGAUAAUAAUUAGUCAUAUUUUUAGAGUCAGAACAUCAUUGUUUACCUGAAAUUUUAAUUAAAGUGACAAUCCUACUUUUGAUACUCCUGGUAUCUUGUCAUUGCCAGCCUUGUUAUGCAGUGCCAUGUUGAACUGCAGAAUCCUGAGUGACUAUCUCAAAACAGCAAAAAUUGACCAGGCAAUAUUAGCAAAGUAAUUUCUUGGUGGUUGCAACUUAUUUAUUAUGUACAAAUAGAUUCUCACAUUCAAAUGAUUGUAUUUUUCAACACCAGGGUUUAUUUUUUUUUUAACUUUAAGAUGCUUUUAUGUGUUCCCAAAGAUUUUUUCUACUAUUUUUGACAGUAUGGAAAUAUAAACAUAACUAUAAGACAUUUGAAAUAUAAUUUAUUUUCAAAGCCAUCAGGUGUUUGUCUUUCAUUUGUAGUUUUAAUUUGUUGGGAAUCUAUUUAUAUUAGAAAUCAUAUUUUAAUUUAGGAAACAUAAAUGAUUUCUUUUAGCAUUUUGUAUAUUAUAUUGAAAAUUACAAACCUUUGUGUAGAAAAGCAGAACUCCUUUCCAGAAAUGGGUUACAAACAGUAGUCUCUUUCAUAGAAUGUCAGAAACUUUUUCUACUCCCUGCUGUAUAUCAUUUUACUAAUAAAGCUGACUUUAGAUUUUCAA